GGCGCGCAGAUUCAGCGCGCUUUCGCGGUUUCCCCCGCCAACCCAUUUCGCCACCUCUCUCGCCGCGUCAUGCCGCCGCCGUUGCCGCCGGAGUCCGGCGAGGCCGCCGCGGGGGACGAAGGCGUCCUGGUGGCGGAGUGCCUCCGCCUGCUGGCCGCGCUGCCCUCCGCCGCGGCCGCCUCCCCGGCGUUCCGCCGCCACUGGCCGUCCAUCUCGGCCUCGCUUGCGUCGCUCUCGGCGUCGCUCUCCCACCCGGCGUUCCCUCCCCAGGCGCCGCUCCUCGCGCCGCUGGCGUCCGCGCUCUCCGCGCUGGUGUCCGUCGCCGGGAACCAUGGUAGCAUCGGGCACCUGCAUACCGUGUCGUUGCUUUCUUCUUCUGCUGCCGAGCUCUCACAGCUCGCCGCCGACGCGCAGCUGGUGGUGUCGCCUGGGGGGAGCGGUGGGGGUGAGGGGGAAGGGGCGGACGGGCUGAUCCCCCGCCUCCGCCUCGGCUCCGCGGCGUCGCGCGCCGCGGCGCUGGACUCGCUCGUUGACUCCGUCGGGUCGCUGCCGGCGUCCUCCGCGGCCGCCGCGGUGUCCGCCGUCGCCGCGAUGCUCGACUCCGGCGAGAUCCUGCCGGCGUCGCGCGAGAAGGCCGUGUACGUGCUCGCCGCGGCGCAGGCCGCCGCGGCGGGCGUGCUCCGCAACCUCGCCUCGUUUCCGGACCUCCUCCCGUCCUUCCGCGAGGAGGGAGCGCUCCCUUCGCUCCUGCAGCUCGUCUCCCUCGGCACCCCGCGCGCGCAGGAGCUUGCGCUGGGCUGCCUCCAGAACCUCACCUCCGGCGACGGCGACGAGUGCCAGCAGCUCAAGGUGGAGGCGUUCCAGGGUGGUGCGCUUGGCUGCGUCAAGGACUUCCUCGAGUCUUGCGUCGGCGACGAGCCUGGCCUCGCGCCGGCGUUCGGGCUCCUCCGCAACAUGGCCUCCUUCCGCUACAUCGCCGAGAUAGCCGUCUCCGCCAGCUUCGUCGACCACGUCCUCGCCGCGCUGGACAGCGACAAGGCCGCGACGCGCACCGAAGCCGCCAUGGCGCUUGCCGAGCUCUGCAACGUCGGCAGCAAGAACCGCAGGGACGUCGGCGACGCCAUCCCGCGCCUCAUCUGGAUGCUCGAGGCCAAGGCCGUCACCGAGAGGGACGCCGCCGCCAGGGCGCUCGCCGCGCUCGUCGCGGCCAGCGGCUACCGGAAGCUGUUCAAGAAGGAGGAGAGGGGCAUCGUCAACGUCGUCCAGCUGCUCGACCCGGGCGCCGCCCGCGGCGUCGACGCGCGGUUCCCGGUGUCGGUGCUGCUCGCCGUCUCGCAGUCCCGGCGGUGCCGGAAGCAGAUGGUCGCCGCCGGCGCGUGCGGCUUCCUGCAGGGCCUCCUGGCCGCGGAGGUGGACGGCGCCAAGAAGCUCGCCGACUGCCUUGGCAGAGGAAAGAUGCUCGGCGUGUUCCCGCGAUCAUGACAGGGCGGCGAUCGAUCGACAUUGGCGCCGAUCGAUUCGAGCUCGAAACGGCGAUUCGGGGGGGAAGAAUUCAGAGCUCUUGUGAUGAUCAAAUCAAAAACUUGAGCUGUAUGUAUGAACCAACCUCAGUUUACAUCCUGCUUGCUCUCUGUAUCAAAUAUGAUAUAUAUAUCAUGCUUCUGAUGAUCUUUGUACAGGCUGCUUGAGAAUUUCUGUUCCAUAGCUUUUAGAUUGCUAGGUGAUGAGUGUUUUUUAGUGUGCUAAAAUCAAAUAAGAGCAUGAAAAAAUCUUGUAAUUUAAUCUUUGGUAUGAAGAAAUUGAGCUUCCUUUGCUGAUGUGCACUACUGUUGCUUGUCAAAUUAGCUGUUGCUAUACGAACUUGAUGCCUUUUUCUUCAGAGUAUAUGCAAUUAUGCAUCUGCUGUCAUUUCAUAGCAUAGGUACUAUAAUUGUAUGAUUGAAAUGGAUAUAACACCGACAAUUGCAUCAUUAUUCACUAGAACUAGUGGCUAACAGUUUUGGUUAACAUUUUCUUGUCCGGGGCAAGUAUGGCAUUGUUAUCCUCAAUUAUUUUUGCUCAACAUGAUUGUUCUCCUGAAUUAUUUUGCGAAAUGUUCUCUUUGAUUAUGAACUGGUUGCUAGUGAGGGUACAACAGGUCUAUGUGGCUCACUGCUCAUAAUUCAAUGUGUAAAAUAGGGAUUAGUUCCUCUUUUAAGAUAAGGGAUCAGCCGUGGUACAUUUUGGUACAAGUUUGGCAAUAACUUCAAACAGAGAAAUGAGUGUACGGUUCUGCAAUACCCAUCCACUCAUGUUUCUUCUUUCCUGACUAUAUGAUCUGUAGUAAAAAUAAUUAAUUUGAGGAUUACUGAUGAGUUUAUAAGCUGGAUUUAGAUUCAAAUCAAUGUUCUUUUAUGUGUUCAGCAAGAUGAAACCUGUUGAGUUAUCCCAAGCAAGAUCCAAUCAGAUGUGUUGCUGCUUUGAAUUGCAUAAGUUAAUUCUCAGUUGCUGUCUGGAGAGUUCAUCACAAGGUCAACUACAACAAGUUUGUAUAUAAAAAAAAAGUGUAGAACUGCUACAAGGUUGUUCUCAUCAAGAAAAAAAAAGAAAAGUUAGAACCAUCAUAUGUUGAUGGUCAAUGGUAAACUGCCUAGCCCAGCCAAAAACUGGUAAACUGCCUAUGGAAUCACAUGGGGAUGGGGUCAACUGAACUGGCGCAGCAAAUCUACCACUCUGGCACAUUCAUGAACAAGCUUAAAUGUGACUACAUGGGGCAUGCUGGAUUAGGUAGCCUUUCUGCCUUUUUUUUUCUGGACCAGACUCUCAGAUAGGAGAUGAGCACUGCACCAAGGUUUACUCA